CAUGGAUUUCUACGGGAAGUAUGCGGCUGUCACUUUGACCAUUUUAUCUGUUUUUCUGCAUCUUCUUCAUGCUUUCCCAGAUGGGGAGUUUCUCAUGCAGGGUUGUCCAGAAUGCAAGCUAGGAGAGAACAGAUUCUUUUCCAAGCCAGGAGCGCCCAUUUACCAGUGCACUGGGUGUUGUUUCUCCCGGGCCUAUCCUACUCCAAUGAGGUCCAAGAAGACCAUGCUUGUUCCUAAGAACAUUACAUCAGAAGCAACGUGCUGCGUAGCAAAGGCUUUUACUAAGAUCACCCUUAAGGACAAUGUGAAGAUAGAGAACCAUACCGAUUGUCACUGCAGUACCUGCUACUAUCAUAAAUCCUAAAGCCUGUCCCUUUGUUAAUGAUCAAGGACAACAGUGAAUGGAAGAUUUGUUUUUGAGCUUUUAUAGCACCACUGUGUAAAAUGUUAUGUUUUCUGGUCAAGACACCGGGUAGACUUUUGAGUAAGAUGGAUGGCUGUUUUAUUUCCUCUUUGCUUCUUCAUGCAUUUUAGUGAGUUCAAUUAUUUCCAUUCAGGAUAAAAUACAGCACUUGCAUGACAACCGAACGCUUGAUCUAUUUUUAAAAUAAACUGUCAGUUAAAUCAUCAAUGUUUCUUGAGGAAAAAUGGUGUUUUAAUAGUUUAAAGCAAAAGAAAAAAAAAGAUACUGCUGCAGUUAA